CUGAAAGAAGGAAACCGCGAGCAAGCAACUCCGCGCAUGGCGUCAGUUUGCUUACGUCAAAGGCGUGUCCUUAGAGCACCAGUGCCAGUUUCAAAAGGCGUUUCUGAAUGAUCUGGAAUUUGUGCCUGUGCCGAGCCGCAACCGGCGCUCAUGUCGGGGCAUUCGGAUGGGGAGGCGCUUUCGGCGGAGUCCAGCGGCCUGGCCUUUGGUGAGGUCAUCCGCGACUACGUGCCAAAUCCGGCAGCCUCCUGGCGAAGUGGCCGACCCGAUUUCUUGCAGGUCAACCGGACCUUCUUCGAGCACCGAUCGCUGGAGCACGAGGUUGGCUCGCUGGAGGCCGUGGUUAGCAAGCUGAUCAAGAACUGGGCAGUCGAGACACAUCAUGUGGCAGAUGUGCAUUUGUGGAAGACGAUGGACAUCUCCAAGUUCCAGGCUGCUGUGAAUGGCGGAUGUCCUGUACUUUCACAGCAGAUGGCCGACAUGGGGGCUUGUAACCUGUUUCUUGGCGAGUCAGAAACGUACAAUUGCCGUUUGCACAGCUUUGAGUCGAUGCAGAAGGUGUUCCGCGCUGCUUUUCCCAUGGGCUUUGCCUGGGAGUGCUUGGAGGUCUUCUCAGGACCGCCUACUGUUGUUUUCAAGUGGAGGCACUUUGGCAAGUACACUGGUGUGUUCACGGCCAAGAGCGGUAAGAAGUACAAGGGGAAUGGACAGAUGCUGAGCAUCGUCGGCAUGUGCAUUGCCAAGGUUGAUACAAAAUUGAUGCUCACGGGUUUCGACGUCUACUACAACCCAGAAGAGCUGACGGAGCUUCUCACUACCAUGGUGGAUGCCAACUGGCGGCCAUUGGGCGACGAAGAAGCUGUCACCUGGCGACUGGAUGGCACCUCCCAGGGAGGUGGCUGCCGGAACAAUUCAUGUGUCCUCAUGUGAUGGCCGGCCAUCUUCCUUGUACAGAACUUGAGGCAGAAUGCCUCAUGCCAAUUGAGGAAUUGAAGGGAACUAUGGCUUGCCUCCCAGGUACUUUUUGUUUGACGAUGUUCAAACAGACUCGUGCCGUGACUGGCAUGCUUGUCAAUGAGACA